AAAUAUUUUUCUGUAUUAUUAGUUAACAUCAAACUUUUCUGUUGUGUUUAUAAGUGUUUAUUUGUUGUUAUUUAGAAAAAAAUUAUUAAUAAAAUAAUGGAUACAAAUGUGGAGUAUACUUUACAAGAUACGUAUGAAGAUUUAACAGAUUUGAAACAAUGUUUGUGUAAAGAAAUUGAUGAUUUAACAAUUGAGAUAAAACAUAACAAAAUUAGUGCUUUGAAAACAUCAUGCACAUCAGAUGAAGUGAUAACGAAACAACGCACGUUGGCUAAUAGUAUAUGGAAAUAUAUUCCUAAUAAACCUCCUAAAAAUUAUCCUAUACCUAAUACAAUUGAUAUUCAUAUAGAUACACUUGAUGAUUUAGAAAAAGAGAUCGUUAAUGCUAAAAGUUUGUUAAACAAAACGAUUGAAGAAUUGCACAACAUCGAAAAGGAUAUUAAUUAUUUAGAAAAUAAAAGGAACGAUUUUAAUAAGAUGCGUGAAAAGUAUUUAACUACUGUACAAUUACUCGAGAAUAAUACGUAUGAACAAGAAUUACGAAUGAGUAAAAAAUUAUUUAAAGAAGCUAAACAAGAUUUACGUGAAUUAGUGGACUUAUUAUUUCCACAAAAUAAAAACUUCUCUAAUAUUCUGUCAGAAUUGGUAAUGGCGUAUGCAAAAGGCGGUGAUGAUAUUUAUGUGGAUAUGAGACCAGAAAUAUUAGAUUGCGUUAAAUAUUUAGUGGAAGCAGAUAUUGUUAUGUAUCAUCCUAAUGAUAAAAAUAAAAUUAAAAUGAAUGACUUGUUAUGAAAUAAUGAAAA